UACCAGCCAGCUUUCUAGGUUAUGUGAUCCUAAUCCAUAUCCAUCGUUAGUGCAGCCGCUCAUCAAUAUAUGCGUCGUUAGACAACUGUAAACAUACAAACAUAUGUUGGACAAAAACGGAUUAGGUUAAUAUUCCAAGUCGAAUUUUCAAUUCAGUAAUUUUCUAAUGUAAAUUAUAUCAAGUUUGGUGUUUCAUAUGCAGAAUCAAUGAGCCAACUCACAAUAUGAAUGAGUCUAGUUCUAUAACUUCAUAUAUAAAGCAAGAAGUGGUGGACUCUGUACAUGAUGGAGUUUCAUGUGCUGACGUUGACUGUUGUAAUAAUGUAGCUGAUAUAAUGUUUCCCAUUACAAACAAUGUGUAUAUAAAAGAAGAAGAAGAUUUAGAUGAUACUACCCUUGAUAAAAGAUUGGUUAGUAAUAUCAAAGAAGAGGUGCUUUCUUGUGAGGAGGAUUUAAGUCAAGACGAAACUAUUCACGAGGAAACUCUUAGUCAUACCUCUCCACAGCUCAAAACUGAAGAUGGAUGCACAUCACUUGAACCAUUACACAGACAUGAGCAUUUCACAGAAGCAAUUAAAAUGGAGCUAUAUCCAGAGGAUUGUUCUGAAACUGAACAGAACCUGUUAUGUAGUGUUUCCAUGAAAGAGAAUCACACAGAGGAACAUUAUGAUGUACCUCAACAGACCACCUGCGAGAGGCAAGAGGAUGUAACAUUUGGUCAACAUUUCUUGCUUCAAUGCUCGGAGCGGAAUAUGUCUGAGCAGCACCAUGCCAACCAGGAUUCUUUGGCCUCGUCUAGUGGAAAUAGAAAUAUUUCAUUUCGUGAGGCUGGCAGUGAUCAGCUUUAUUGGGAUCGGAACAAAAGAACUCCUGUAAGUCAUUAUUUCGGAAAAUGGAAAAGAAGAAAAUGUGCAGAAUGUGAAUUUAUUACAAGAGAUCCACAAAAAUGGAAACUGCAUCACGAAAUAUAUGAACACAAGUCAAAAAAAUCAAAACCCAUGUUAAUAUUCAGCUGUAAGCUCUGUUCAUAUAAUGCUACAACAAAAUCACUGCUGCAGCAACAUGUGAUGUCGAGACACAACUUUGGAUUCGAACCUAUUGAUUGUCCAUACUGCAAGUUCCGCUCCUUAUGUAUCUCUGAAACUGAAGCUCAUAUAAGAAAGAAACACAGUGAUGUUAGGGUAUUCUCAAAUUUUUCUCAUUGAGACUCUGAAGUGAAAUAUUAAGUGAAAAAAUAACAUAUUUAUGUUGUUUAGUUAUAAAUAUAGCUUUGUACAAACUAUGAGGAAACUGUAUUACAUUUUUAUAGAAAAGGAAUUAAAGACAAUAUAUUGGUAUGAAUUAAGAUACUCUGUUCUGAUGGCUAUAAAUGUAGCUUUGUACAAACUAUGAGGAAACUUGUAUUAAAUUUGUAUAGGAAAACAAUGAAAGACAAUAUAUUGGUAAGAUUUAAUAUACUCUGUCCUUAGGGCUAUAAACAUAGGUUUGUACAAACUAUGAGGAAACAUGUAUUACAUUUGUACAGAAAAACAAUGAAAGACUGUUGAAUAUAUUAGUAUGAGUUAAUAUAUUGUCCUGGUGGCUAUAAAUAUAGGUUUUUACAAACUAUGAGGAAACAUGUAUUACAUUUUUAUAAGAAAAGAGUGAAAGACAAUAUAUUAGUAUGAAUUAAUAUACUCUGUCCUGAGGGCCAAGACUCUUGCAGUAUAACCCAUAUUCAUAGAACCCUAGUGCUCUCACACGCACACUUACAGACUACUCUGUUGGUCUUUGAAUCGUCAUUUGUGUCUCCAACAUGUUAUAACCAGUGAUAUUUCUCAUUUUAUUCACUAUAAUUCAUUAUAUGUGGUAUAUAAACCUUCAUACUUAUGAUAUUAAUUGUAAUGAGACACCUGGAAAUUUGCAAUAGAUACCCCUAUAAGGUAUACAGAUAAUCUAUUGAAAAACUUUGUUGUUCGAAUAAAACAUGUUUGAAUAGUA